GUUCUAAAAAUUCUUCAAAUUUAUCGUAAUAUAAUAUAAUAGAAUUUAAUACGCAAAAGAGAAUCAGAGGAUAGUGUUGAAUUUACGAAAAAUAUUCUCGAAUUUCUACGAGUUCGAUUCCCGGUCGUUCGAUCUCGGCGAUUAGAUAGGGAACGCGUGAUAAGGCAAAGAGAUUAAUUAAUGUAUACAAGAUUGAACGGAAUGAUUUACAAUUCACUAAUCCGACCGGGCCAACCUGCGAGUUAAUUUUAACGGUGAGAGAAUGCGAAGUAAACUGAGAACGGUCGAAAAUAAACGCGGUCGAUCAUAAAUCUCACAGCGACCAUGUGACAGCAAAAGCCAACAUCGUUAUCGCUGACAAAUGCCAAUGAUCACAUGGCCAUAAUUCAGCGCCACAUGACAGAGUCAACAAGUGUCAUCAUCUGUAAAUGCGAUCGAUCGAUCGCGCGCGCUUCUUGAGGCGAAUUCGUUCGCGAGGAAGAACUUAUCAAACGAGCGAGAUCUUCUUUCGUAAGGAUAUUCAGUAAUAUUAUAAUUAAAUAUUACAUCGCUAUAAAGAUCUCGCGGCAAAAAAUGGCGUUCACGGAUGUGAACGAUUACACUUGAUUGGGAAAAAGAUAAAAGCCGGUUUUCGCUCGAAUUUAUACGCGAGUGAAGUAGUAAAGGAUAUUCGUAAAAGUACCGCGAGUUUUCCCGAAAGAUGGAUUUAUGUGAAAGCCAAUAACGUGUAGAAUGAACAAGGACGACUGGGGAACAGUCAUUUGAAAGUUUUACAAAGAUAUUAUCUUCAAAUGCAAAAUUAUAUGGAUGUGAACUCUGAUUAAAGACUUUCGUCGAGAAAUGCGUAUUUCCGCAAGCGAUCAUUGAUCACACGAUCAUUGAUCACACACGGAUAAAGCAUGAUGGGAGAGGUGAUCCGUGUUUCUGGGAGGGCACCGGACGUCGGUGACAUCCUAAAGGAGGCUAUGCUGUCGCAGAGAUUCGCCGACGUGGCCCUGUGUUGUCCAGGAGGCCAGCGAUUCCUCGCGCAUCGUCUGGUGCUAUCAGCAGCGAGUCCUUAUCUCCAGGAAGUAUUGUUGGCGCAUAGCAAGGCCACCGCUCAUUGUGAGCCGAUCACGGUGAUCCUGGCUGAAAUGGAAGCGCCGGAACUCGCGGCUCUUCUCGGUUUUGUCUACACGGGAAGUGCCACGGUUCCGCGGAUGCGACUGGACGCGUUUCUACGCGCUGCCGAGACUCUGCGAAUUCGAUUGCCACCGGUGCCGGUGACGACGAUCUGCGCCGAGCGAUCGCCAGCGGAUUGUAAACUCGAAGACGUGAAGGACGUCAAAGUUAACCCCAAGUACCUGCGAUGCAAUCAGUAUCCUUGGUGCAGAUCGGGGAGACUGUCCUACGAAGAUCCGCAUGACAGAAAGGAGUCCAGGAUAUUCCCGACGGAGGACAACAGAAACGUCUUCAGGGACAUCGGGACGCUUCGUGAAAUCAACCAUCCUGGUCCCAGCUCGUUUGAUCCAAACUGCCCGAGCGGAUGGCCAAUCGAUAGUUUCGUAUACCAGGAUAGAACGAUAGAUGAUGCUUCCAUAGAGAAAGAUCAUCGCUCGGUGAUAGUCGGCGAUAAAAAUCGAAUGAUAGCUCCUAGUAGCGAAUCGUCCUUCGAUGUUUAUCAGCGAGACGCGUGUCUUCCUGAUAGAUCGUUCACGGAACGAUACGAUAGUCUGGAUCCUUUGGAGAGGAUGAGAAUAUCGGGGUACGAGAGAUCGCAGAUGAAUCGUUCGACGGAGAAGCCGAUGACGGACGAGGACGUCCACGCGGCAGGAUCGGGGGGCGACUCUUACGGAAGGAUACGCGACGAGUGCCCCUACCAGGGCACAAUGCCAUCGUCGUCCUUGCAGUGUCGGACAAGGUCGUUCGAGAGGACGACCGAUUACGGUUCGCAGACGGCGGUGGGCGAGGAUCUCAGCUGCGGCGAAAGUUGUUGUAGGUGGAGGACCGUCCGCAGACACGUGGCCAAUCGCGUCACCGCGUCGCCGUGGCGCCAGAUUAUUAGGCCUCAUCAUUCACCGAGAACCCCAAGGUCCGUCGUACCCCAACGUCACGUCGAUGACGGAAUUCAAAAGAAGCCUCUAACUCCAGAACCAACUCGAUCUACGGUAAUAUCGAUGAGUCCGAAGGUCCAUUCCCCGAGUAGGAAUACGCCGAGAAACGAUGGAUUUUACGCUGUCGAAGUUUCUACCAAUUGCGAGAUGAGCUUUAAUGAUACGAGAUCAUGCGACAUAGUCGGUGGUCCAGAGACAAACAUGCAGGAGAUCUAUCGAUCUCCACCAGCUUCAUUCGCACCCUGCAAUCAAAUCACGCCGCCUGCGAACGCGUUGAAAAGCAACGAACCACCCUUUCAAAAUGUCAGCAACACGCCUAGUGUUUCGCGAUUGCUGCCCGCCGUUAAUGACAGCGUUAUCACAAAUACCGCCGGAUACACGACGUCGAUUCCGGUUCCGCAGACGCCGCAGAAACAUGAAUUGUCGCAUCCGAUCAGCAGACUCUGCGACACGAUUGAGUCCAAUGAGAAGAAGGAGUCUUCGAGGAUGGAGAUGGCGAACACGGAGAAGAAUGAGGAGGAGAAGAUUGCAGUUCUUGUUAAUAGCGAUAAUAACAAUAACAACGAGACGAUCGUCAACACGAUCGAUGUGGCUCAGCGAGGACGAUCGGUCGACGAUCACAAAUGCGAUCAAUGCGGAAAGACCUUCGUCACGAGAGCCUCACUCAAGGUGCACAGCCGAACACACUCCGGCGAGAAGCCGUUCCGCUGCGCUGAUUGCGGCAAACAGUUCUCGCAACUACGCAACUACAAGUAUCAUCGCAGCGUGCACGAGGGCACGCGGGAGUUCGCCGCGACUUGUCCGGAAUGCGGCAAGUACUUCAACGAUCGCGGUUACCUGAGCUCGCACAUGAAGAUCCAUCGGAAUCGCAAGGAGUACGGCUGCGCGGAAUGCGGGAAGAGCUUCAACCAGCGUGUGGCCUACAACAUGCACGUGCGCAUACACACGGGCGUGAAGCCGCAUCAGUGCGAGCAAUGCGGCAAGGCGUUCUCGCGAAAGAUGCUGCUCAAGCAACAUCUCAGGACCCAUUCCGGCGAGCGGCCGUACCAGUGCCAGGUCUGCCAGAAAGCGUUCGCCGAUCGCUCCAACAUGACCCUCCACACCAGGUUGCACUCCGGCCUGAAGCCCUACCAGUGCAAUCUGUGCUCGAAGGCCUUCACCAAGAAGCACCACCUCAAGACUCACCUCAACUACCAUACUGGCACUAAACCGUACUCCUGCUCCAACUGCGGCGGCAGAUUCUCGCAGAGUAGCAACAUGAGGACCCACUUCAAGAAGUGUAUCGUCAACAACGCUGUCGGAUUAAUCAAAUCCGGCGACGAAAUCAGCGUCGAUCGCCCCGAUGCCGAGGGCAACGUGGCGCCGCAAAUGGCCUUGACGCCGCCCAACUCUGAUCAGGAGUCCAGCAUCCUGACACCGAUACAGGGCAACACGUAGCGGUGCUCUUUACUCCGAGAAAAAAGACAGAUACCUGUAUUUCGAAAGUGGAUAAUAUUGACGAAGAAUGAAGUUGAAAAUGCUGUUGCAACCGCAUCAUUAUGGGUAGAUGUUCGAGGGAAGAUGGUAUACUUGGCAGACGUGUUUCUCGGUAGUAAAUUGAUUGGAAAUAGACCGCGGGCUUUCACGCUUUACAUUUGCGAGAGGUUAGUACACGUUCGUAAACAUUUUCUAGGAUACAUCGAGUUGUCGAUUAUAGGACGUCUGUAUUAAGAGACGCCACAUAAUUAGAAAAAGAAAUUGCAUUAAAUUAAUUUUAAAAAAUGCGCAGUUUUGCGCAUCUUUUUUUUCUCAAUCUGAUAUUUGGUCAAUUGAAGUAAGAUCGCGCGAAAUUGAAGUAUCGGUAUGGUAUAACAAUUAUUGCACUGUGCCUUAUUCAGUUCCUGUAUUUAUAAUUAAUCUCAAUGUACAUAUAAAAUUCCGUAUGCUAACGUAAUAUAAUAUUUAACAAUUUGGAAUGAGAUUUAAUAUUCGAGAGAUCAUGUUAAAUUGAGCAUCGAUAAAUUAAUAUUUUCAUGAAAGGCUUACUUCUCGAUUUGAUAAAACUAAUUUAUUUGCUUUUAUUGUAUAAAUUGCUGAUUCUUGAUCCCGAAGAUUUAUUUGACAUUGUGACUUGAAAUAUUCGUAUGUUCAUUUUUUUGAAGUGGAUAUUUAUAAAAUCUCUAUAUAAUCGGUGAAAUAUAAAGUUUAUAAACCUUAAAAUCUCAAGAUUGUUGAGAUUCCCAUUCAAUCUAUAAAUAAUUUAUAGAAAAUAUUUUAUUCCGUUAAAUUUUCAAAUUAAAAAUUAAGUGAUAUUUGAUUAUUAAGAGAUUAGUAAGAGAUGACAAUAGAAGUAGCAUUAAAGAAGAACAACACCAAUUUGAACCACUCAUUAUUAACGUAUCGGUUAGCGCAGCAGAUAUUGUAGAUAUUUCAACAUCAAAAUUUGGAAAUCAAAAUCUCUAUCUUCUUAGCAUUCGUUUAAUUAUUAUGGCAAUCUUGCUCUUAUAUCGGGAAUGAUUUUGAGGAAUCGAGAAAUAGAUUGCUUCCUUAUCGUUCGCAUCGAACAAUUAAUAGCCCGUUCGCCGAAACUGCAACAUGUGAUUGCAACAUGAGAAAUCCAAUUGUCGGUUGCAACACAAAUGGCAACUGCAAAUGCAAUCGGAAAGUCUACCGCUUGUAAGAGAAGUAUCUUUUCGUAUUUGAAAGUAACCGUCAGAGAACCAGUGGUUCGAAGAACAACCAAACUUCCAUAUCAGCGUAAAUAGUAUACAACUUUUUUUUUAAGAAAGUAUUCCUAUAGCAACACUUAGGCCGGUAUUCAUAGCCCGUUUUUAUAUUUAAAAUCAUCUCAAGUACGGUCUUAAGAUGCUAUGCGGCCAUUUCAUUGGUUGAACGGGCUCUUAAGACGACCCAAGACCACAUUUAAAACGAUCUUAAAUAUAAGAAUGGACUAUGAAUAUCUUAAGGAUCUGUUGCCAGAGUAACUUUAUUAAUGAGCGUGAAAAGUUCAGGAGAUAAAAAAACUAUUAUAUGGAUUUUUUUCAAUCAUAAGAUUCUUAUCUAAAGAUCGAUUGAGAUAUUGAAAAUUUGAGGAACCAAAAGAAUCUCUGAAUGGUAAGAAAAAGGCAUGUGCGAGAAAUUAUAAUAAAUUUAAAAAAUCGAAUUUAGAUAAUAAAUAAAUAAAUAUAUUUUCUAAUCACUCUGCGAUAAAAUAU